AUGGCCGUAGUUCUUCCAGCCUUAAAAACAGUCACAAGCUCUCCAUUAUCAAAUAUCAGCAUUACAUUAGACAGCAUUAUUGACGAUUGCACUACUCUCCAAGCUUCAUCCUCCAGUGACUGAGAAGAAGCUCAAAAUUUUGGCUUAAAAAAGCUCCAAGAGUCAUGUGGAAUUCUGCAAGAAGUAAGCAAAGUUCAAAUUCUAUCGGGUUUCAACUCCCACCGUGAAAGCACCCAUAAGCGAACAAUCGAUGAAUAUAUCAACCGAAAAUAUGGGAAAAAAUACACAAGUAGCCAUUCAAAAGUUGUCAGAAUUUUAACUGGGAAGUUUAACAAAGGUUGUGAGGAAAACAAGCUGAGUUUUGGAGAUGUCAACAAUUCUGAAACAUUUGAGGUUAUUAAAAUCGUUGCACUACCAGAAUUAAAUUUGUUAAAUGCUAUCAUAUACCACUGUAAUUUUAUUUUUUAAUAUGAAGAGCUAUUAUUAUAUAAAAAUUUGAGUAUAAAAUUAAUUCAAUAAAUUUAAAGAAUAAACGAGAAAAAGAUUAUUCCUCUGAAAAAGAUCUUAAUCGAUUAAAAACACCAAAAGAAAAUUUGGAAAAGUCUGGCAUGGUAUGAAGAGGCCAUCAAUUAAUAUGUCUCUUAUAGAGGAAAUACCACGGCCUACCUAUUUAAAUAGGGAAGAAACAGAGAUUAGUCACAAAAGAAAUGAAAGCUUAGAGUCUCCGAGAGUAAAAUUCAUGAAAAGAAUUUCGAAAGACUUUAUAGAAAAGCAGCUAGGGAUCAAAAAUAAUGAUCAACUAAGCCCUCUUUUAAGUCCUCGAAAAGAAAAAAUAAGAAAAGAAGCUUUAAGGCCUGUUAAAGCUACCCAUAAAGAAAUAUUGCAGGUGAUUGAUGGAGGUUUAGAAGAAAAACAUUUCAAUGACUUUAAUUCAGAAAUUAUCAAUUAUAAAGGCGACUGCAAUAGUCAAUUAAAAUUCGAAAAAAUGAAGAGAAAUAUGGAAAGGCGUAAGACUAUGGCUGAAAACAUUAUUUUGAUUUAA